AUGAAAGAGAUCGAUGAUUCAGAAGAAGAUAGAAAUGUGAACCUAGAAGUCGAAAUGAAAUCUGUUAAAGAUGUGAGGAAAGUGGCUAAAUUACUUGGAUCUAGACAAAUGAGAGAGGUCCUAACGGUUAAUACAAAUCGUUCUCAACAAAUAAUGGGACCUGUUGUAGAAGAUCCGGAAUAUAAGCUUAUAGUUCAGGCUAAUAAUUUGACAGUAGACAUUGAUAACGAGAUUUUAUUAGUUCAUAUG